UAGAUUGGUCUAAAGACGAGUCAGGACGCUGGUUAAUGAAAGAAUUACCAGGAACUGAACAAUUUUUCCAGGCAGAUUUAAUAUUUUUAGCCAUGGGUUUCCUAGGACCAGAAGAAAAAUUGCUUAAUAGUUUAGGACUAAAAAUCGAUCAACGAAAAAAUAUUGAAACUCCAAAAGGUCGUUAUUCGACUGCAGUUCCUGGAGUUUUCGCAGCGGGUGAUUGUAGACGAGGACAAAGUUUAAUAGUGUGGGGAAUUAACGAAGGACGACAAGCAGCGCGUGAAGUUGACCAAUAUUUAAUGGGUAAUACGAUUCUACCCGUAUCAGGCGGAAUUAAACAGCAAGCAGUCCAUGAACGAUCUGAUUGGCCAAAAGAAAAAUUUCAAAAACUUUUUGAAAAUGAUACGAUUGCUGUAAUUGGAUAUGGACCGCAAGGAAGGGGACAAUCUUUAAAUGCCAAGGACAAUGGGUUGAAUGUUAUCGUUGGACUAAGAGAAGGUGGUAGAAGCUGGAAAUUAGCAUUGGAAGAUGGAACAAUUAUUGGUAACCUUUUAUCCGAUGCGGCCCAAAAGGAACUUUGGCCUCAAUUCGUUCCACAUUUGACGAAAGGAAAGACCUUAUAUUUUUCACAUGGUUUUUCAAUUGUAUACAAGGAUGAAACAAAAGUCAUACCGCCAAAAGAUAUUGACGUGAUCAUGAUAGCUCCAAAAGGAACUGUUCGUUCACAAUUUCUUGAUGGACGUGGUAUUAAUUCAUCAUUUGCAGUAUUCCAGGAUGUUAGUGGUAAAGCACGAGAUAGAUGCGUUGCUCUUGGAAUUGCCAUCGGAUCUGGAUACCUUUAUGAAACCGACUUUAAAAAAGAAGUCUUUUCCGAUCUUUUCGGUGAACGAGGAGUUCUUAUGGGUGCCAUUCAGGGACUGUUUCUUGCACAAUAUGAGGUAUUGAGGGAGCGUGGACAUACACCUUCUGAAGCAUUUAACGAAACAGUUGAAGAAGCCACUCAAUCAUUGUACCCAUUAAUCGGUGCACUCGAUUGGUAUAAACCCUUUCAUGACGCCACAAAACCAGUUUUCGAAAGGUUAUACGCAUCAGUAGCUGACGGAACUGAAACGCGACGAACGUUAGAAAAAAAUUCAUCACCUACAUAUCGCGAAGAGUUAGAAGAAGAGCUAAAAGAAAUUAG